CCGCGGCCCCCUCGCUCGUCAAUGCGGGCCGUGUGGCGUCGGGGGUAGGUGACACAUAGGACACGCCUCUCUUCGUCUCCGAGCCCAUCUCCACUCCGCCUCUGGGCGUCACACUCUGCCGGAGAGUCCCGCCUCUGUCCCCCAACCGCACCCCACAGUCCUGGUUGCUCACGAUCCGCCUCCUACGGAAGCCGAAGCGCACAGUCAGAAUCCGGAAGAAAAACAACCUGGAGGGAACAGUGCCGCUGUUACCGGCGACCUAGGGCUGCUCCGGCCCGCACUGGCUGGAGCGCGGAGACAAGAGCCUACGGGGUCACCGCUUGGGAAUGAUGUCGGCUGCGUGUCCACGGAGGCCGAACGCUCCGAAAUGCUGUGUACUCAGUAUACAUGUUCUGACAUGGAAUGUGGCCUCAGCAGCUCCCACUGUGGACCUCAGUGACCUACUUCAGCUGAACAACCAAGACCUGAAUCUGGACAUGUAUAUCAUUGGUUUGCAGGAAAUGAAUUCUGGACUCAUAAGCCUUCUUUCUGACGCUGCUUUUGAAGACCCAUGGAGCAGUUUCUUCAUGGAUGUGCUUUCCCGCCUGAACUUUGUCAAGAUCUCCCAAGUCCGCAUGCAGGGGCUUCUUCUACUGGUCUUUGCCAAGUAUCAGCAUUUGCCCUACAUCCAGAUCAUCUCUACAAGAUCCACCCCUACUGGCCUCUACGGGUACUGGGGGAACAAAGGGGGAGUCAACAUCUGCCUGAAGCUAUAUGGCUACUAUGUCAGCAUCGUCAACUGCCACCUGCCUCCCCAUAUGUCUAACAAUGAUCAGCGGCUGGAACACUUCGACCGAAUCUUGGAGAGUCAGACUUUUGAGGGAAACAAUAUCCCUAACAUCCUGGACCAUGACCUCAUUCUGUGGUUUGGAGACAUGAACUUUCGCAUUGAGGACUUUGGGUUGCUCUUUGUUCAGGAGUGUGUAGCAAAGCAGUACUACCACGAGCUGUGGAAGAAGGACCAGCUCUACAUUGCCAAGAGACAUGACCCGCUGCUCCGGGAGUUCCAGGAAGGUGCCCUGCUCUUCCCACCCACCUACAAGUUUGACAGGCACUCCAACAACUAUGACACAAGUGAGAAAAAACGCAAGCCUGCAUGGACUGACCGUAUCCUGUGGAGGCUGAAGCGGCAACCCCAGGCCAGCCCCUUGGCCUCCAGCCUGCCAACCUCCUACUUCUCGCUGACGCUAAAGAGCUACAUCAGCCACAUGUCAUACAGCAUCAGUGACCAUAAGCCUGUCACUGGGACCUUCGAACUGGAGCUGAACCCCCUGAUGUCUGUCCCACUGGUCACCAUGAUGCCUGAAUACCUGUGGACCAUGGAGAACGACAUGUUGAUUAGCUACACCUCCACCCCAGAGUUCCUCAGCAGCCCCUGGGACUGGAUCGGACUGUACAAGGUAGGGAUGCGCCACAUUAACGACUAUGUGUCCUAUGUCUGGGUUGGCGACAACCAAGUCUCCUUUAGCAACAACCCAAACCAGGUAUAUAUCAGCAUCAGUGAUGUCCCUGAAACUGAGGAUCAGUUUCUUCUCUGUUAUUAUAGCAACAAUCUGCACUCUGUAGUAGGGAUAAGUCAGCCUUUCAAGAUCCCGCUUCGCUACUUUUUGAGGGAUGACGCACUGUAUGAGCCUGGGCCACAGAUCUGAGUCCAGAUGGGAGUGAAUGAAUCUGGGGCGGAGGCUAGAGCUGGAAGCCAGCUCUGCCUCAGCACUGCCAGGAGCGCUGGGUCUGGCCCAGCCCCUGAGGAGACAACUGAGUAUCCUCUAGCUCCCUACCUCCGGGGAGCUCAGCCAGACUCCUCUGCUCUCCCCAGGCCAUUUAAUACAGGUUCUUGUUACUGAGAUGUGACUGAAACAAAGUAGUGUGUCAAUGGUGAAGACUUGGGGCAGUCCACUGUAUACGGAAAAGGCCACUAGCUUGCAUACCAUCUCUUUACUCUUCCUUUCCCCGACACAGAAACACGCUCUCUCACACCCAAGUAAUUGUGCCAGGCACAUGCCCCAUUUGGCACAGGCCUACAUUCCUAUCACGCCAUCCUGGGCUUUGGGCCUGGUGGGGGGGGGGCGUUCACAUUUGUACAGGCCCCAUAAAUUAGGUGGCACUGGGUUCCAAAAGUCUUGGCAUCUCAUAGUUGUCCCCAUGGGGAUGAACGGAGGCUAAGAUUCCUGUCUGCAGCUGAGGCACUAAGUAGAUGGUAUAUCUGCCUCUACCGUGUAAUGCAGAGUCUGAGCAGGAAGUUCUUGGGCCUAAGCACAGCGGAUUGUAUAGAUCCAGGUUAGCUUCUGCAGGUGAGUAAGGCCCCAUAUCCCCACCCUGGCCUUUACAAAGGGUUGACAGGUGUUGGGUGGUCCUUUAGAUCAAGCUCGUCUGCUGCCAUUCCUAUCAUGAGUCAUUGACAAAACAUUGCUCCUCUCUCUGGGCCCUUCUGGGACCUAGAUGGGAAGCAGCAGAGUAGCUGGGCUCAAGACAUUUUGAAGGACCUAGCAGGAAUAGGCCUCAACAUUCUGCAGGUGCCAUGCAGAUAUAGCCUGACCAUAUUCCUGCUGAUUGCCGACUGCCAGUAGUGAUUCAGUACCCUUUCUCCCAAGAGAAGACACCUCAGGAGUCUUGCCCUGUAAUUCACACAUCUGUCUUGUGACUUGAGCCUGAGAGUCACUCCAGUUACUCUAGGUUCUGUAUUCUAUUCUGGGAGCCACCAUGUUAAGAAUCACCCCCCCCCCAGGCUUCUAAUGAGCCACGGCUGUCUGUUCUGUGUGAGUUGUUACAUUGAGGGAUAAUUAUAAAUGUGGCUUUUA